GCCAGAUACAGAAACCAGCCAAAGUUCUCAAUAUGGUUUUGAAUCGCUACCCCAGAAAAUUUGUCUUAUCUGCGGUGAUGAGGCUUCUGGUUGCCACUAUGGAGUACUUACCUGUGGAAGUUGUAAAGUCUUCUUUAAAAGGGCAAUGGAAGGGCAGCACAACUACUUGUGUGCUGGAAGAAAUGACUGCAUAGUCGAUAAAAUUCGUAGGAAGAACUGUCCAGCAUGUCGCUUGAGGAAGUGCUGUCAAGCCGGUAUGGUCCUGGGAGGUCGAAAAUUUAAGAAGUUUAACAAAAUUAAGGUUGUGAGAACAUUAGAUGUCGCACUCCAGCAGCCAACAACCCUUCAAGAUGAAAGCCAAUCUCUAACCCAAAGGCUGUCCUUUUCUCCAAAUCAAGAGAUACAGUUUGUUCCCCCAAUGAUAAGUGUUCUACGAGGCAUUGAGCCAGAAGUUGUCUAUGCUGGUUAUGACAAUACAAAACCCGAAACACCAAGUUCCUUGCUGACCAGUCUAAAUCAUCUUUGUGAGAGACAACUUCUUUGUGUAGUCAAGUGGUCUAAACUGCUACCAGGAUUUCGGAAUUUACAUAUUGAUGAUCAGAUAACCCUCAUCCAGUAUUCCUGGAUGAGUCUAAUGGUUUUUGCAAUGGGAUGGAGAUCAUACAAACAUGUCAGUGGUCAGAUGUUAUAUUUUGCCCCAGAUCUGAUUCUAAAUGAACAGAGGAUGAAAGAAUCAUCGUUCUAUUCCCUGUGUCUAUCCAUGUGGCAACUCCCACAGGAAUUUGUCAGACUUCAAGUUAGCCAAGAAGAGUUCCUGUGUAUGAAAGCACUGUUACUUCUCAACACAAUUCCUUUGGAAGGUCUAAGAAGCCAAAGCCAAUUUGAUGAGAUGAGAACGAGUUACAUUAGAGAACUGGUGAAGGCAAUUGGCUUGCGCCAGAAAGGUGUUGUGGCCAACUCACAACGUUUCUAUCAACUUACAAAACUGAUGGAUUCCAUGCACGAUCUAGUGAAACAGCUCCAUCUCUUCUGUCUGAACACAUUUCUCCAGUCCCGUGCACUGAGUGUUGAAUUCCCUGAGAUGAUGUCAGAGGUGAUUGCUGCCCAGCUACCCAAGAUUCUGGCAGGAAUGGUGAAACCUCUUCUCUUUCACAAAAAGUGAAAUGUCUUUUCUCUUAUCCUAGAGAUGAUUUCUGGGUCAUUUUCUGUUUAUUUUGGUCAAGAUUUUGCAAUGUCAGGAAGUCAGUAUAUUUGUCAUACUUACCCUGCCUACUGCUUUAUACUUGUAACAUACACAAGCCAUUUAAGCUUGAUGUACAUAUUGUGAGUUCCUGAUUCCUUUACCGCAAAAAUCACAACAGUCAUAAGAAAUGUUUUGUAAACUUGGCUAGGUUGCUUUUUAGAUAUGCUUAAGAAUGACAAUGAAUAGAGUUUUCAGAUUUCUAAAAACAGUUAUCUUAUACAUUUUUCUUACAUAUCACACGGUCUCAAAUUUCUGAUAUGACAUGGUGUAAACUUUUUACUUUAGUACUUUGUGUGCAUGGGUACACGUGGGCAUGUGCGUAAUACAAGGUCUUGAGGGAUUAAAAUACAUAUUGCCCACAUUUUCUCAUGGAUAUUUCACUUUUCAUUAACUAAUCUGCCUCACAGAAAUAUCCUUUCAAAGUCAGCUGUCCAGGAUUAAGUAGAUGUCACGGCAAUACUUUCAUGAGUAGCUAAAGUGCUAGCCACAAAAUAUACAUUCAUAUUCUUCUCUGUGCUCAUACUGCAUUGAAACUCUGAGUUCAGUGUACUGAACCGUACUGCACCAUUCGGUGCAGCUCUCCUUCAAAAAUCAGAAAGCUUAGGAACAUUUCAGUGUAUGUUGCACCAAAAGUAAUGUGUAUGCAAACCCACUCAGCUUUGGUUUGUGUUAUUUUCCUUAAAAGUUCAGCACUUACUAAAGCUAAAUCACUCAGCUAUAAUCUUAAAUUCAUCAACUUUAGAAUUCUUUAUUACACAAGCUUUAAAUAGAGAUGUUUUCACUGACUACAACCCUUAAUGUUUUGAAUUCCAAUGCUGAAUACUCGAACAACUAUUAACAUCAAAUUAUAGCACGACUAAAUGCAAAAAAGAAAUGGAAAAUAUGUCUACAAACAUUUUGAUACACUUCAGACUCAUUUCAGUACUAUUUAGUGGAGCUACAUAUUUUGUAUUUUAAAGGCAUGCCUUUAUAAUUGGGUAACUGUAAAAGAGGAAUUGGACUAAAUUAGCUUUAUACAUUCAAGAAGAAUGUCAUGUUUUACCAUGGAAAUGAAAUAUUUGACUGAAAAAUUAUAAUGUGGUGUUUGUUCCAUUGAUAUAGAUAUGAAGCAACUCAUGCAUUUAAGGCAGCAAAUUGUUGGUAUAUUCGAACAACAGAGAAAUGGAUAAAGCCCAAGAAGAAUUUAUGAGUCUAUUAAAAUAUGACAAAUUUUGCCAGUCACUUAAAAAUGAUACUCAAAUUCUCUAACAAUGUAGGAAAUGGUGAGUCUUUCUCGGGUACUUGCUGGCCAUACGCUUUGGCUCUUCCCCGUUACGUGUUGGCUGCAUCCAUCGUGCGACAGCAUACUGUUGAUGGUGUGUAACUGUAUCCUUGUCAUGUGAACAAA